AUGGACCAUUCCAAUCAUCGGAACAUCUCAAGUAGAAUGGAGCUUCGAAUUAUAUGUCCAAGAACAUUUUGGUCAUUAAUCCUCCUUGCCUUCCUUCUCCCAUGUACGAAGUGCAUAGGAAUCGGUUCCCCCGCCUUAGGAAACGAGACAGAUCGACUCGCCUUGAUCGCAUUCAAGGAUCUGAUAUACGACGAUCCUUCCGGCAUCUUAAGCUCAUGGAACGAUUCCUUCCAUUUCUGCAAGUGGGAAGGAGUCACAUGCGGUCGCCGGCAUCCUCAAAGGGUCACCGCCCUGAAUCUUAUGUCCAGCGGAUUGGUGGGGCCCAUCUCACCUCACAUAGCAAACCUCACCUUCCUCAGGAGUAUCAAUCUCUCGGGCAACAGCUUCCAUGACGAAAUCCCACGUGAAUUCGGCCGGCUCUUCCGGCUACGGGUUCUUGAUCUGAGUGAUAAUGGGCUGCAAGGAGGAAUCCCUGACGACCUGUCCAAUUGCUCAGAAAUCAGACCGAUCCUUUUGGAUAAAAACAAGCUCGUUGGAAGAAUUCCCGUCAAGCUUAGCUCUCUGUCAAAGCUCGAGCGGUUGUAUCUUGGCCGUAACAAUCUCGUUGGCAACAUUCCAUCACAACUCGGGAAUCUCUCGUCUCUUGUUUCUCUCUCACUACGUGAUAACAGUUUCGAAGGAAGCAUUCCAAAUGAGUUAGGACGGUUAGUGAAGUUACAAUUCCUUCAGAUCUCUGCAAAUAAUCUGUCCGGUCUGAUUCCACCAUCAGUUUACAACCUCUCAUCCAUCAUCGGUAUCUCCAUGGUAACUAACAGACUUCAUGGGAACCUUCCAGCCAAUCUAGGUCUCACCCUUCCUAAUCUCCAAAAACUUCUCCUCAGUACAAAUGCAUUUACGGGACAGAUACCAUUUUCAUUACCCAAUGCUUCAGGAUUUUCUAUGGUUGAUUUUUCAUAUAAUAAAUUUAGUGGACCUGUGCCUGAGAAUUUGGGAAGACUGAAGGAUCUCCGUAUCCUAAAUUUAGCUAAUAAUAACGUUGGAGGUGGAGAAGGAGAAGAUGACUUGUCUUUCCUCACUUCUUUGAUCAAUUGUAGCCAUUUGGAAGUACUAGAGCUCAGUUCUAAUCAACUGAGAGGAGUACUGCCGGCCACCAUCUUCAAUCUCUCUACCCACAUGAUUGAACUAGGGUUAGGAGGAAACCCGAUAUCUGGAAGCAUCCCAACAGAUAUUAGCAACCUCUUCAAAUUAAAUAAGUUAUGGAUAUCUGAGACCUUUAUCAUGGGAACCAUUCCUAAUGGUGUUGGGAAGCUUCAAAAUUUGGAGGGCUUGUAUUUAUACAGUAACAGACUAUCAGGACGAAUCCCAUCCGCCAUCGGCAACAUUACUGGAUUGGCUAUACUCUCUUUAUACGAAAAUCGCUUGCAGGGAAGAAUCCCUUUGAGUCUUGGAAACUGUCGUCUUGAAACAUUAUCUCUCCGUAGAAAUGAGCUUAAUGGUACCAUUCCCAAAGAAGUUUUUAGUAUUCCUUCACUGGUCGAAGUUGAGAUAGGCGAGAAUCCAUUGGUUGGAUCUCUACCGUUGGAAGUUGGUAACUUGCAACGACUUCGAUAUUUGCAUGCUGCUUACAACAAAUUGACGGGUGAAAUUCCUAGCACAGUGCGGAAUUGUCUGAGCAUGGAAUUCCUUAUUUUGAGCAAUAACUUGUUUCAAGGAGCCAUUCCUCUGGGUUUGAACAACUUAAAAGGCAUUAAAUUGCUAGAUCUUUCUCAUAAUAACCUGUCUGGGCAUAUUCCAGUAACUCUGGAGAAAUUUCCUGUUCUGGAGUACUUGGAUUUGUCAUCCAAUAAUCUCAAUGGCCCAGUCCCAACUGAAGGGGUUUUCAAAAAUUCAACCAAAUUUUCAGUCCUUAGAAACAAGGAGCUUUGUGGAGGUGUCCCACAGUUACGGCUGCCAGCAUGCCCAGAGAAAGCUCCUAAGAAACAUGGAAUGUCGAUCUCUCUAAGGGUAAUAAUCUCCAUGGUCAGUGUAGUUUUGGGUUUGAUUCUUUCAUCAUUUCUCUUUGCUACACUUUUUCGGGUGAGAAGAAAGGCAAACGAGAGGCCCUUGCCUGCCUUUUCCUUAGAGGGCCAAUUUUUAAAUGUUUCUUAUGCGGAUCUCUUUAAAGCGACUGGUGGGUUCUCUUUGGAUAAUUUGAUUGGUGUGGGAAGUUAUGGUUCUGUAUACAAAGGAGUUCUAGAUCACGAUCAAACAUGUGUUGCAGUCAAAGUUUUCAAUCUACAACAACGUGGUGCUUCCAGGAGUUUCAUGGUCGAAUGUGAAGCCUUGAGAAAUAUCCGGCAUCGGAAUCUAGUUAAAAUCAUAACUGCUUGCUCAAGCAUUGAUUUUGAAGGCAAUGAAUUCAAAGCUCUAGUAUUUGAGUACAUGCCUAAUGGGAGUCUAGAAAAGUGGUUGCAUCCAAGUGUACAUGGGAAGCAAGAGUUGUGGAGCUUGAACCUUAUUCAAAGGCUAGAUAUAGCCAUUGAUGUUGCUUCUGCAUUGGAGUAUCUUCAUCACCAUUGCCACAUGCAGGUCAUUCAUCGUGAUCUAAAACCAAGCAAUGUUCUACUGGAUCCCGCUCUAAUAGCUCCGAAGAAAUAA